CUGCAUUACUAUGUGUUUGCGAAGGAAGGAAGGAAGGACUGGCAGCUUAGAAAAUAAACAAAAGACGAGCUCAGAUUGCUAAAUGUUUUUGACGUUAAUUAAAAUCUGUUAGCUACGCUUUUGGGGUCUUUAGGUUGAUCUAUCAGCAAGGGCUGUCCGACUGGCCAUGAAUCCCGACCUAUCGCUGCGAGUGAGCGUCUUCUCCGAACAAGGAGGCAGGAAAUACAUGGAGGAUUUAACGGAGGUGAUCGUGGAGCUGGAACCCAGCGACGAUGAGCUGCGAGCGGCCGGGCACACCGAUCCAAAGCCGGAUCUAGAGCCAGUCUCUGAAAGCGACCCGCCGGACUGCACAAACAAGCCAUUACCCGUCACGGUAACGUGGAGAAACACGCUGUCCGCCGACGAGAGCGACGGUACCGAGGAGCCCGGGACUCAGCCGGCGGCAGCGGACAGCAGGAGGUCGGUCGCGUUCUUCGCCGUGUUUGACGGCCACGGAGGGCGAGAGGCUGCGCUGUUCGCUCGAGAUCAUCUCUGGGAUUUUCUCAAGAAGCAGCGGGGCUUUUGGUCGAAGGAUUACCGGAAAGUUUGUGCCGCAAUUCGCAAGGGAUUCAUCGCAUGCCAUCACGCAAUGUGGAAAAAGCUUCCUGAAUGGCCAAAGACGUUAACCGGCCUCCCCAGUACUUCGGGCACUACAGCCAGUGUGGUGGUCAUCAGAGGGGACCGCAUGUUUGUGGCUCAUGUCGGGGACUCGUCUGUCGUGUUGGGUGUGAGGGAAGAUCCCUCUGAUAAAGUCAUCAAAGCUGUGGAGGUCACACAGGACCACAAGCCCGAGCUCCCGAAAGAGAAGCAGAGAAUCGAGGGACUGGGUGGCAGUGUGGUGAAGAAAUCUGGUGUGAACCGUGUGGUGUGGAAGAGGCCUAGGCUAACUCACAACGGCCCGGUGAGAAGGAGCACCCCGAUCGAUCAGAUCCCCUUCCUCGCUGUUGCCAGAGCUCUGGGUGAUCUAUGGAGUUACGACUUCUACAGCGGGGAGUUUGUAGUGUCUCCUGAGCCUGACACCAGUGUGGUGACCCUCGACCCUAAACGGCACCGUUACAUCAUUGUUGGCAGUGACGGCCUUUGGAACAUGGUGCCACCGCAGGAGGCGGUGACUGUGUGCCAGAGCCAUGAUGAAGCUGUGGCACCUUUCGGGAUGUCGGUUGCACGUCGGUUGGGGUGCCAUGCAUUGAUGCGAUGGCGUCAGCGGAUGCUCCGUGCAGACAACACCAGCGUUAUAGUUAUUUCCCUUCCUGAGCCUGGCAAAGCCCACCUACCUAUGCACAGAGACGAGGUCAUACUCAGCCUGGCAGAGGGCCCGCACUGUGACCCCGCCAUAGGGUCCCGCUCCAUCACGCCACUCAUCAAGAGCCCGGAUCCAGACCUGUCCUCAGGCAGCAGUGAGUCUUUGCCGGCGCUGGAGAGGAGGAACGGUCUGUCAGGAGUGAGUCUGAGUGCAGAACCUCCGUUAGAGGAAAACCUCCCUUACACUGAGCUCACAGACAAAGCUGCCUUGACUGUGUGCCCCAGCGAGGGCAACCAGAGCCCAGAGUCUCCCCUGUCCUCACCGGAUGUGUCAGGUCCAGUGGGGAAGAGGCCCAGACGGAGCCCCCUCUGCCCGAGCAGCUCCCGCCGGAGGACUGGUGAGCGCUCCGUACCCAAACGCAACACUGGCAGGACUCCCAAACAGACCCCCAGCGUCCCUAUACUACAGCACCGCAAAGCAACCCUCUGUGUCUGCUGAACAUCUCCGUCAGACUAACACAAGCUCUAAAAGACCGACAGAGAUGAUGGACGUUCAGUCUACAUCCUGGUUUCUGAUGUUCUGCAUGGUCACAAGAAUAAAUAACUGCUAUUGUUUGAGUCCAUGUUUUGACUAUGUGCCACUGUUUCUGGUUAUAAUGUAGGUUUUUUUUCCUUUCCUUUAAUUUUAAUGGUGUGAAUGUGAGAGUUAAAAAAAUAUACAUUUUAGUAAUCGGAUUUGUAGUUAUUUUACAUUUAGAAAAAAAAAUGCAGAUCAGUCUUUUUAAGGAAAAAUCAUUUAAAGGAUGUAUUUAAUCUUUCUCCCUUUUAAUUAAACAGCAUUAUUUGAGUCCAUCUUUGAAAUUUCAUGAAUUGCUUAUCAACAUAUUUUCUGAAAAUGACCAAAUAGUUGGAGCUAUACAAAAUAUAUUUUUAUACUCGUUAUAUUUUUAAAAUGCCCAGUUUUCUUGCCCCACAAUGCUUGUGUGCACAUUUGCCCUUGCCAAUAUACUUUAUUAUUUGUGCAUUUAAUAUUCACACCAAUAUUUGUUAGCAUUGUUCUGUCUUUAUAAAAAAAAAUUCAGAGAGCAUGAGUUAUGAAUCUGAGACAUAUCUCUGAUCACUGGACUACAGAGCAAAUGUAUUUAUUUUCUUUUGAUAAAACCUUUGUAAAAGUUGAGGAUUGCAUGUUCUGUUAUAUCCUUCUGGCUGUCUUUUUCUUGGGGCGUUUUGAUGUUUUGACUGUCCACCUUUUUGUAUGUAUUUCAAUAUUGUUAGUUAUUUAAUAUCAAUAAUGUCUGUUAAUGUAAAGCAGAUAACAUCUUCCAACACCAGUUCCAGAGCUAAUGUGAUGUGUGAUUAUGAGCUGAUGUCAGAGUGUACAGCACAUUUUAGCGGGAUGUUUGUUGCCCCAUGUUUGAGACUGUUUGAGAUUUAAACUCUCAAGGUGGAAAAUAAGUAAUGUUUUCAUAGGUUUUAAUCCUUAGAGAUGAAUUUUCACUAUUUGCUACAGUGGCAGCUUUGGUUUGAGUACUCCUGUGGUGUUGCCUGAAUGACAGUGACAGUUUGAUGGAUUUAAAUGAAUAUAUUUUCUUAAAAAAAAAAAUCAAACACACGUACAAAGGCCAUAAAUAAUUGAAUUUGAGAGAAAAAAAGAUAAUAUUGUUUUAAUGAGAUUCUGCAUGUUAAAACCUGUUAUAGAGUGUGAUUUCACUUCAUUGUAAUAUCUCGGGGCAGUGGGGUAUCACGGAGGCUUUCGUCUUUCACUGUGGUUUUCUGAAAUGUGUGAUCGGUCAUAUUGAACUGCAUCUGUCUCUGAAAUGGGUUCGACUAUUAGUGUAUUGGAUGCUGUCUUGUUCAGGGUUUGGCUAUUUUUAUUCUUUCUGGAUUGCAAUAAAUAGAUACUCGAUUUUGUGUUUAAAUA